UCUCUAUCUUCCCUUUUCCAAUUAACCAACAAAAAUCAAAACACAAAAAACAAACAAGAAAAACAAAAAACAAACAAAAAAAAAAAAAAAACCCCAAAUUGAGAAUCUUUAGUAAAACAAAAACAUGUCUGAUGGAGGGAAGAACAAGAAAGCUGCUCUCAUCGGUGUAUCUUCCUUGUUUCUUGUUGCCAUGGUAGUUGCAGUGGCAGUCGGGGUCAAUCGUAAAAACCCCACCACCGACAGCAGUGGUGGCGACGGUGCCACAGCCGAGAUUUCGACCUCCACCAAAGCAGUCCAGGCUCUCUGUCAGCCCACUGAUUACAAAGAAACCUGCGAGAAAGCUCUGUCUGAGGCCGGAACCAACACCAGCGACCCACGUGAGCUAAUCAAAUCAGGAUUCCAUGUCGCCGUCAACGAAAUCAAAUGGGCCAUCGGAAAUUCCACCCAAUUGAAAGAAGCCGCCUCCGACCCAAUGGCUAAACAAGCUCUUGACGCUUGUGGUGAGCUUAUGGAUUAUGCAAUUGACGAUCUCGUAAUUUCCUUCGACAGAAUCACUGACAAUUUCGACGUCCAGAAACUCAAUGAUUACGUCGAAGAUCUUAAGAUUUGGUUGAGUGGCGCAUUGACUUAUCAAGAAACUUGCAUAGACGGCUUCGAAAAUGUCACCGGCGAUACCGGGGAAAAGAUGGCGAAAUUGUUGAAAACGUCGAAAGAAUUGACCAGUAAUGGUCUUGAUAUGGUGAGUGAAGUUAAUUCCAUUAUGACCUCUUUUGGACUCCCAGCAGUUGGACGACGGUUAUUGACGGAGGAAUCCAAUCAACAAGAGGAAGAACCGUCGUGGGUCGGCGACAGACGGGGGCUUCUUCAAGCCACCGGCGCCACCGUCAAGGCGGAUGUCGUGGUGGCGAAAGACGGAAGUGGAAAGUACAAAACUGUGACUGAAGCCUUAAAUGAUGUCCCAAAGAAGAGCAAUAAAACGUUUGUGAUUCAUGUUAAGGCAGGGGUUUAUCAAGAACAAGUAAUGGUAGACAAAAGUAUGACUUGGGUGAUGAUGAUCGGAGAUGGUCCGACUAAAACUAAGAUUACCGCCGGCAAGAACUACGUCGAUGGAACACCCACCUUCAAAACCGCCACCGUUUCUGUGAUUGGAAGCAACUUCAUUGCGAAGGACAUCGGGUUCGAGAACUCUGCCGGAGCAGCAAAGCAUCAGGCGGUGGCACUUCGAGUUCAAUCCGAUAUGUCAAUCUUCUACAAUUGUCAAAUGGACGGUUACCAAGACACUCUCUAUACACACGCUCACCGUCAAUUCUACCGAGACUGCACCAUCACCGGAACCAUCGAUUUCAUCUUCGGAAACGCCGCCGCUGUCUUCCAAAACUGCAAGAUUCUAGUGAGGAAGCCAAUGGAUAAUCAACAAUGCAUCGUCACCGCGCAGGGCCGAACUCAACGGAAAGAGCCGACCGCCAUAAUCUUGCAAAAUUGCGCCAUUUCCUCAGACCCUACCUUCUUCCCGGUCCGCCACAUCAACAAGGCUUACCUCGGCCGGCCAUGGAAGCAAUAUUCAAGAACAAUCAUAAUGCAAUGCCAAAUUGAUGACUUGAUUCAACCUGAAGGGUGGCUUCCAUGGAUGGGAGAUUUUGCUUUGCAUACUCUGUUUUAUGCAGAGAUCAAUAACAGGGGACCGGGAGCAGCUACGGAUAAACGUGUGAAGUGGAAGGGAAUUAAGAAAAUCACUCCGCAACACGCCUUAGAUUUCACUGUUGGGAGAUUUAUUCGUGGAGAUCCCUGGAUCAAGCCCACCGGAGUUCCGUACAGUUCCGGCAUGAUGGCUGUAUAAAAAAAACAGAGGAAGAAAAAGAAGAAGAGAACAAGUUGAGUUUUUUUUUAGUAACCAUAUAAAAAGCUACCCUUAGAGUGUGGUGUAGAGUUUCUUCAAUUUAGGACUUGAAGUUUUUCUAAUCAACAAAUAUAUGUAUGAAUUUAUUUGUUUUGGAUGGGUAUAUGUAAUCCCCAUUCUUUACUAUGGAAACAUUCAAAAAUUUUAAUAAAAAUAUUUUUUUUAUUCCC